ACCAAUGUCCUCUUAUUAUCCUAUCAGGUCAAAACUAUCAUUUUGCAGCUGUCGUCAUACUCAUAAUGGGCAAGUUUUCAGAGUUCUUAGCAUCUUCCAAAGGAGAUCAUAAAGCCGACGUCCCUCCUCCUCCGUCCUACGGCGAGAGCUCUACCUCUGCCCGGCCACUCACUCCACCACCACCAUUCCCUCACUCAUUCGGAUGCAUCCAUCUCGCUCGCUCCGACCGUAUUCGUCUCAUUGGUCUUCCACCCGUCGUGUAUGAUGAUGUCGAACAGGCCAUUCUCCGUGUUUGGGUACCUGGAUUACAAGGGAAGUUCCCUAUGUAUCAGAGCUUGGAGUGGAAGCUUUCAGGAUACCCUUGGUCAGGCCAAGGAGCUGAAGCGGUCCAGGCUAGACGUCUUCUUUGUCAUGUACUGCAUGCCCUCUCUAAGCAUGGAUGGUACUUACACAUGUCCGUGGACCUUUCCAAGAAGCAAUUCGACAAGGACACUUUGAUUUUGCAUUCCGUAUAUCCCCAGGAGAGGUAUUUCUUUUCGAUAUCGUUUAAUGAAGGCGAUAAGGUGAGAAUAAUCGAUCCGCCGAACGACCAUGUAAAGCAAGCUUUCAUGACCGCCGUGAGGACAUGGCCAAGAGGUAUACAGAAUGAAAGGGAGAAGGAGCCCGGAUGUUAUCAGUUCAAGCUGAAGGGACUACCAUGGUAUACAUCUGAUGGCGAUCAGAUCAUUCAUGCCCGACUCUUGAGCUGCACCAUACUUGCCGCCAUGGAUAGUGUCGGCUUUGAACUGAAGGGAAGCGUGGAUAUGAGCACUGGAACGAGCGAACAUGCUAAUGACAUGGAUACCUGGUUCUUUGCCAGCAAAUGAUAGUGAUAGGUGACUACCGAACGUUGCAUUGAUACAUGAACAGUGCGAGGCAUAUUGAAGCUCUGUAAAAUUUUAAGUGUAUUUUUAGAUAUAACAUGUAAGAUGAGCUGCUUUCUGGCCUCUUCCUCGAUAGCAUCGGUAGCCUGGUCAGUCUGCAACGCGACCUCAUCACCCGCAAUCUUUCCCUUCUGACCGUGCUUGCCAAACUCUCCGAGUCCCAUGACCCUAUCCCUAGCCUCCUCGUACUUGCUUCUAGUCUCGCUAACGACGUGUUCAGGAAGAGUCACAUCUUCUUUACCCCUCAAGCCCUCUUUGAUCAACCAGUCACGGAGGUACUGCUUGUCAAAUGAAGGUUGAGGCUGGCCAACGACGUAAUCGGCGGCAGCCCAGUACCUGGAAGAAUCGGGAGUCAGGACCUCGUCGAUGAGGAUGAGGGUGGUCUUGUUGGGGGAUGAUGGGUCGGGGAGGAGGCCAAACUCAAACUUGGUGUCGGCGAGGAUCAGCCCACGCUCAAGGGCGUAAGCAGCGGCUUCGGUGUAGAGCUGAAUGGCAGCCUUCUCGAUCUUCGCGGCGAGCUCGGGACCGCAAAUGUCCUUGACUACACCAGAGUCAGCAUUGACCCGAAACUACCUGCAACAUUCAAACUUACCCUUGUCAGGGUGAAUGUUCUCAUCAUGCUCGCCCUGAUCGGCCUUGGUGGAAGGGGUGAAAAGUGCCUUGGGGAGCUUUUGAGACUCGACCAAACCGGCAGGCAUCUGGAUACCGUGGAUGGUCUGAGACUUCUUGUACUCGGACCAAGCAGAUCCUAUAUGAUGUUAGCUUUACGUGUAAUAUGAAUGAAGCUGUAGACAUACCAGUAAUGUAGCCUCUGACGAUAGCCUCGAUCUU